GCACAAAUAUAAUCCUAAUAAUCAUCAUCAGCAUCAUCAUACUAGCUUGUUCAGGGUCAUAUUCAAAAUGUAUGGCCUGGAUAUUGUCGGUCCAAUAAUAUUGCUAAUGUCUGCCUAUGUUUUACAAACCCUACAGCCACUUAUUGUCAAAUUAUUAAUUGAUUUUGUUGGUGACAAUUAUGAAUAUAAAUGGCACGGAUAUAUCUAUACAGUACUGUUAGUUUUAACUAAUGUUAUCUACUCUUUUUGUAAUGCAUAUUCAUAUGAAAUAUUCAAUACAAUGGGAAUAAGAGUUAAAUCGUGUCUAACAUCAGCCAUAUAUCGCAAAGCACUGGUAUUAAGCAAUGAUAGCAAACGGCUCACACCUAAUGGAGAAAUUGUUAAUAUGAUGACAGUUGACUGUCAACGUAUUAUAGACUAUCUUCUAUACCCGCCAUUGCUAUUUACAAUACCCAUACAAAUUGGUUUGGCUGUAUUUUUUAUCUGGCAGCAGCUUGGUGUGGCCGCUUUUGUAGGCCUGGGUAUGAUGAUUGCCAUUAUACCGAUCAGUUUCGUACUAACCGUAUUCAAUGGUCUGUCCAAACAAAAACAAUAUGAAUUGAAAGACAAUCGGAUUAACUUAAUUAGCGAAAUACUAAAUGGUAUGAAAAUAUUGAAACUAUACGCCUGGGAAGUACCCUAUAUGGCAAUGGUUAACAAUAUACGUAACCGUGAACUAAGACAUAUGCUGUGCGCCGGCAUCUGGUUUACGAUUACACUGGCGCUGACCAAUGCGUUGCCAAUGUUGGCACAGUUGGCCACUUUCGGUACGUUUACCGCUUUGCAAGGGGGCGACAAAAUCAAUGCCCAACGUAUAUUUGUAUCCGUAUCGUUGUUUAACUUACUUAACAUAAGUAUUGUUAUAUUGCCGUUUGCAUUAAAUUCAUUUAGUUUGAUUUAUGUAUCACUGAAACGUAUCGACGAUUUUCUUAAAUUACCCGAACAUUACAAUUAUGUUACAAACAAUUAUAACAAACAAUAUGCUGUUAGCGUUAAUAUGGCAACACUUUCAUGGAUUGGUAGCCAAAAUGAUUUACAAACAACAACAACAACAACAAACAUCAACACAACUACAACCAACAACACCAACGAUAAUGCAUUGACUGACAUAAAUCUUGAUAUCGGUAAGGGUAUGUUUGUGGCAGUGGUCGGCGGUGUCGGCUCUGGCAAGAGUUCACUGAUGUCAGCACUGAUCGGUGAUAUGGAACUGAUUGGCGGUUCAAUCAAUAUAGCACAGGGCCAUAGUCUGGCAUAUGUUCCCCAACAGGCAUGGAUACAGAAUGCAACCCUCAAAGACAAUAUACUGUUUGGCAAACCAUACGAUCCGAUUAAAUACAGACAAGUACUGAGAGCCUGUGCUCUCGAACCAGAUCUCCAUCAACUGGUUGGCGGCGAUGAAACAGAAAUCGGCGAAAAGGGUAUCAAUUUGAGCGGCGGUCAGAAACAGAGAGUCAGCUUAUGUCGGGCCGUCUAUUCCGAUGCCGACAUCUAUUUGUUUGACGACCCGUUAUCCGCAGUGGACAGUCAUGUGGGCAAACAUAUUAUGACCGAAGUAUUUGAUUCGCGAACCGGUCUAUUGAAAAACAAGACCCGUAUUUUGUCUACCAAUCAGCUGUUUGUAUUGCCCGAUGUCGACCGUAUUGUCGUAUUGAAAGACGGCUCAGUGUCCGCUAUCGGUACCUAUGAACAGCUGUUGUCAGAUAAUCGAGAGUUUGCCGAUUUGGUCGCACAAUACUCGGCCAUCAGUAGUCAAGAACAACAACAACAAGAUUAUAACCACAAUAAAGACAACAACAACAGCCCAUCAACAGCACCUACCGAUGGUAAUGACCAACAAUUGGUGACCACAACAAACAUUACGGAAACACAGCUUAUCGAUGAAGAGAGCGUAGAGUCCGGACAUAUUAAGCUUAGUGUAUACCUUAAAUAUAUACGUUCAUCAACCGUACCAUUGUUUUUGACAUUUAUAAUUGGCUUAAUGGGAACCAUUGGCUGCUUAAUGGGUACAUUCAAUUGGCUAUCGAAAUGGACAUCGGAUAUCGGCAACGGCUCCAAAACAUCAUACUAUAUGGGUAUAUACGGCGCACUGAUUGCCGCCUAUAUGCUAUUGACAAUGGUAGCACUGACCGGUUUGAUUAGCGGCGCCCGACGGGCUGCCCAUCAAUUGCACGGUCAGAUACUUACAAGUGUAAUGCAUGCGCCCAUGUCGUUUUUCGAUACAACACCAUUGGGUCGUUUAAUGAACCGAUUCAGUAGAGAUCUCGAUGUUUUGGACGGACAGAUAUAUGAAUAUCUUUAUCUAUAUUUCUAUGAGUUAUUGACACUAAUUGCCGGACUAAUCAACAUAUCUGUAUUGACGCCACUAUUUUUGAUCCCACUCGCUGUUGCUAUCGUUAUAUUUUUGUUAUUUCAGGUUUUUUACAUUAACACAUCGCGUCAAUUAAAAAGAUUAGAGUCGACUACUCGAUCGAAAAUCAUAUCGCAUUUUGAAGAGUCGGUCAACGGUCUGUCCAGUGUACGGGCCUAUCAAUGUUCCGAAAGGUUUAUACGGGAAAUUGAGUACCGAUUGGACGCCAACCAGAAGUGUCUGUUUCCCAAUGUUUUGGCCACCAGUUGGCUACAGAUACGGAUGGCAAUCAUUAGUAAUCUAUUGAUAUUUUUUGCCGCACUGUUUGCCGUACUGUCAAAGGGUGGCCUAACUGGCGGUUCGAUAGGUGUUAGUCUAUCGUUGGCCAUAACACUGAUGCCGUCGUUCGAGAAUCUGAUCAAAUCGUAUAUAUUGAUUGAAAACUGUAUCGUUUCAGUGGAACGGGUGGAUGAAUAUACAAAAAUAAAACCCGAAGCCGACUGGCAAUCGACAGUUGAACUGCCAGCUAAUUGGCCGCCAAACGGUUCGGUUAGGUUUGAUGGCUACGGUACCCGAUAUCGUCCCGGUUUGGAUCUGGUUCUACGCGGUAUUGAUGUAUCUAUUAAACCCCGUGAAAAGAUAGGUAUUGUUGGCCGUACAGGUGCUGGAAAGUCAUCGUUAACAUUGGCACUGUUUCGUAUCAUUGAGCCGGCAAUGGGUAACAUUGUUAUCGACGACAUCGACAUCAGCCGAUUGGGUCUCCAGGAGUUAAGGUCACGGUUGACAAUCAUACCACAGGAACCGGUACUAUAUUCGGGUACUAUUCGUUCAAAUUUGGAUCCGUUUGACAGUUAUACCGAUAGUGACUUGUGGUCAGUAUUAGAACAGUCACAUCUCAAACAGUAUGUCCAGUCGUUGGACUCUAAGCUGGACUCACCGGUUAGCGAAUCGGGUAAUAAUUUUAGUGUUGGUCAACGACAACUUGUAUGUCUGGCUCGGGCUCUACUAAGACAUACAUCAGUACUGAUCCUCGACGAGGCCACGGCUGCCGUCGAUGUGGAAACCGAUGCACUUAUUCAGCGAACCAUUCGCCAGGAGUUCAGUUCGUGUACUGUACUGACAAUUGCCCACCGAAUCAAUACGAUUAUGGACUCGGAUCGGGUCCUAGUGUUCAACGAUGGACGGGUAGCCGAGUUUGCCGAACCCGAUGUUUUGUUGGCCAACAAGUCGUCUAUAUUUUAUUCACUGGCCAGAGAUGCCGGAAUUAUUUAA